CCAUAACCAAAGAAGAUGAAUAGCCACAAAGAGAAAAACAUUUUUUCCUCACAUUCUGUGGAGGCAUUUCUCUGGAUUUUGAUUGUUCUGCUGAAUUGUACCAGAUUCUGCAACUGCGAGGAACUGGAGGAUGAAGAAUGGGCAAUGGUGGGCAGAAAGGGCAGCCAGUUUGUGGUCAAUAGCAGACCCUUCUAUGUCAAUGGCUUCAACACAUACUGGCUGAUGAUCUUUGCUGUUGAUGCCUCAACGAGGGGCAAAGUCAGUGAGAUAUUCCAGCAGGCUUCUUCUGUCGGCCUCUCAGUGUGCAGGACAUGGGCUUUCAAUGACGGUGGAUGGAGAGCCUUGCAGAAAUCACCUGGAGUUUAUGAUGAAGACGUCUUCAAGGAUGAUCGGCCUCUUGGGGAGGGCUUCAUUAACAGUAACCAGCUCGUGAUCCUUGAUUUGGAUGUAUUGUGGAUGUUACAGGGACUAGACUUUGUGAUUAGCGAGGCAAAGCGAUACAAAAUCAGGCUUAUUUUGUCACUCUCAAACAACUGGGAGGCUUAUGGUGGCAAGGCUCAGUAUGUCAAAUGGGGAAGAUCUGCAGGCCUCAAUCUCACUUCUGAUGAUGAUUUCUUUUCAGAUCCAACUCUCAAGGGCUACUUCAAAUCUCAUAUCAAGACUGUCUUGACGAGAGUUAAUAGCUUCACCAACGUGACGUACAAGGAUGAUCCUACCAUCUUUGCCUGGGAGCUGAUGAACGAGCCUCGGUGUUUAUCAGACCCUUCUGGUGAUCAAUUUCAGGCAUGGGUAGAAGAGAUCUCAAUGUACGUGAAGUCAAUAGACCAAGCUCACCUGCUAGAGAUUGGAUCAGAAGGGUUUUAUGGUCCUUCGAGCCCAGACAAGGUGCAAUUCAAUCCAAACACAUUUGCACAACAAAUCGGCACAGAUUUUCUCAGAAACCAUAAAGCUUUUGCCAUUGAUUUUGCUUCUGCGCACAUAUACGCCGAUACAUGGAUCUCAUCAGCCAUCAGUGAUGCUCACCUUCAGUUCACGAAAACAUGGAUGGAAUCUCACAUUAAUGAUGCAGAGAAUGCACUUAAUAUGCCAAUUUUGUUCUCAGAAUUUGGUGUUUCAUCAAAAGAUGGCGGUUAUAACGACAGUUUUCGUGACACACUCAUAAAUACGGUCUAUAGCACUCUGCUAAGCUCCAUAAAGAAGGGAGGAGGUGGGGGAGGAAGCCUUCUGUGGCAACUCUUCCCAGUGGGAACAGAGUACAUGGAUGAUGGCUAUGCAGUUUUUCUUUCUAAGUCACCCUCAACAGCAACAAUCAUCUCCCUUCAGUCAAAAAGGAUGGAUACGUUUAACUCCUUGUGCUCCUGGAGAUGCCAUUGGGGUUGCAAGAAGAAGAAAGAAUUUGAACUAUUUAUGCAUGCGGAAAUGUGAUGGCAUGUGGUCCUCUUUAGCGUGCUUGGCUCUAUACGCUUUCAGAUGUAAACGAAUAUUGGUUUCUUAUGAUACUGUAAGUUGCACGUUCUGCACUGCUCUUCC